GGGGAUGUUACAGCUCCAGUGUUACGGUCAUUUAUCACAAUCAAGGUCGCAGUCAAAUCCAUCAGGGUCUUGUCGGUAACAGGUAUGCACAGUGGGGUUCUAUCCAAAGGGUUUGUUCUGAUUAGUCCGUGUCUCCCUCAAUUUGCAGAUGUAAAAAUAUUAAAAGCAAUAGGCAAGAAAAUUCGUCGCGAAGCCUACGUUUGGAUUCCAUUAUUGCAUGACAACAUUCUCCCUCUGGAGGGUAUUACCUUUGCCGAAGAAUUUGGGUUACUUCCCGCGUUGGUCACUCCAUGGAUGGAAAAUGGAUCACUCGAUGACUAUUUGAAACGCGAAUUUGUUGGUCUCUCGUGGGAAAGGAAGUUAAGUAUGGUAUGCAUUUUAUAUAUGCGAAGACGC